GCUGUUCCGAAUAGAGUCAUCUAGCACAUUUCUGUCAAGUAUGAAUUCAUCAUGAGAGGAUUGUCCAAUAAUUUGAGCUAAUUCCUGGGCUAAAUUACAAGCUUCCUCUUCUUCUGUUAAUAAUACACAAGGAGAGAGGGAAAUUGGCCAAUUAUGGCCAGGAGGUACAGCUGAAGGCUCUGACCUUGGAGUAUUUGCAGAAUUAGCGUCUUUCUUUAAGCAGCAAAAGUUUGUUAUUUUCAUCUGCUUUGGCUGUUUUGCUGGAGCUGAGCCCAGAUUCGAAACAUCCGCUGGUGUAAGGCCCAACUUUUUAUAGCUUUCUCUGAUUCAUGCUAAGAGCAUAUGAGAAAACCACCACUAGGAUGAUUGUCGUGCUGCUGUUGAUGCUUGGACUGUCCUCUGCCUACAUGUUCACAGUUGCUGGACACAUCCCUGUGCAGUCAGACUUUGACCCCUGGAAGGCUGCAGGGCUCUGGCACCCCAUCGCAAUGGUUACUGAUAUAGAUCAGGUACCUGAGAUAGAGGAGGUGAGAGUGCAGACGGACUCCAAGUUGAUACCUGUAUCUGAUGGAGAUUUCAAACUCAACUCUUAUAUCAAGGUGGCUGGUGACUGCAGGCCUUAUAACCGUUUGUUGAGACGCACUGAGAAACCCGGGGUAUUCACCAGCCAGCACGGGAACCAACUUCGCGUUAUGGCUGUUGAUUAUGAGGACUACAUCAUUGUACAUGCAGAGAUAGAAACUCAUAUAGCAAUGUAUCUGUCUGAACAAUGCACUCCGUGAGCUGAUUAAUUUCGAAUACAUAGAAAUGGCAUUUUUUUAGCAUUCUAUUUUUUUAAAAACAAAAGCUGGUGCAUAAUCAGAACUAUCAGUAAUUUUUACAGUAUGCAGAUGAUUGUGAAGAGUCUGGAGGAAUGUCUUUCACUCAUUUACAUCACCCAAAUGAAAAAAAGAUGGAAACAAAUUAGACAUCAGAAUUUAACACUCAGAUAGCAGCAGAGGAGUGUCUUAAACCUCCCUCGGUAUCCUGUAACUGCCUUUCUGUAUGUCAACAGCUAUUGCUACAAUAAAAACAGAUAAAUUCUU